UGUUCGCAAUGAUACUGGCCAGCCAACACCAGUAGCCACUUAGCGUUGUUUUGUUCCAUUUGCAAGUCAAGCAAGUCAGUGGCUCUUCUUCUAGUUAGUUUUCUCAAUUGGCCCCGGUGCGAUUAGUAUCAGCAGCGAUCCCCAUCAGCACAAGAGAAGCAUCCUUGUGCGUUUUUUUUUUGUUCUUACCGCGCAAUUGUAUCUUUCCCAACGAUGACCACGCGAUUCCAACGAACGGUAGUCAUGCUGUACUUUUUCUGUGAACUAGCAACUCGUGGUUUUUCAUUGACCCCUCGGCACUACCAACAAUCGCCAGCAACAACAAAUGCAACCAUUUGUGGCACGAGAUCAAGUGAGCUCCCUCCAGCCAAUUGGCCAUUCCACGUGGCACUCUUCUACACGUUGACCCCCUAUCGAAAGUACUAUCUGUGCGGAGGAACAAUUGUGGGUGAACGAGCCAUUAUCACCGCGGCCCACUGCGUGGUUGGACAGAGGGCGGCCGAAACGAUGAAGCAGACGAUGCUCACGGUGCAGGCUGGGGUCUUCGAACUGGAAGGGAACUUCAACGUGAAUGUCACCUCGUACAAUGUAACUGGGAUAACUCUUCAUCCGGAAUACGAUAUGAAAAAUCUGCGCAACGACGUGGCAGUACUGAAGGUUUCCGGCCCAAUUGAAUUCAACGAUCGGAUUCAACCAGCCUGUUUGUGGCCUGCGGAGAAUGCCAGUAUACGAGGGAUUGAAAACACCGUUGGUACAGCCGUUGGAUGGGGCAUUGAUAACACCGAGCAGUUCUCGAAUAUAUUGAAGGAAAGCACUCAUCAAUUGGUGUCGGUCAAACGAUGCCGAAAGUAUUUACCUGGGAUUUUAGACAGAUACAAUGACACGAUAUUGUGUGCAAGAACGGGUGUCUGCAGCGGCAGUGGUGGUAGCGGAUUGUACGUUCGACAAGAUGAUCAAUUCUACCUGAGAGGUAUUGUAGCCUUUGGCCCAGCAACCGGACGCAACAAAAGAUGUGGCAUCGACACCGUCACGGCGUUUGUCAACAUUGCGUUUUACACCGAGUGGAUCAACCAGAUGAUGUCGGAGGAUUGACGAUAAUGAAUACAAUUUUCAUAUGUUUUAUUACAAAAUUUGCGGUUUUCCGUUACUUAUCAAAUAGACGGGUUGCGUAUUCAUAUUUGUCAGAAAAUUCCCUAUUGCUGUUAAUUCCCUGAAGAAUUUCAUUAGUGCUCGGGUGGUUACCGUGACAUCAAUCUCGUGCACUUGUUUUUCCAGUCCUGCUCGAAAACUUCAAGCAACCAGCAAUGACGUUGACGGCAGUCAGGGUUUUGAUAAGAAUUCCUGAAAAAGGACGAAAGCAUCCUUCCAUCAUCACGUGGACCGCACGGGUGAAAG